AUGGUCGCAGAGCAGCUAGUAUCACCCCUGACACAUAUCAUAAACAACUGCAUAUCAAAGCAGCUAUUUCCAUCACCUUGGAAGACUGCACGUAUCUGUGCUAUUCCAAAAGCUGAGAAGAUAACAUCCAACAACGACCUCCAUCCUAUAUCCAUUCUUCCAACCUUAUCCAAGAUCUUUGAAUGUCUCGUUCUUCGACAAAUGUCUGAUUUCGUAACCAACACAACUACUGGAGUACUUAAAGAAUCAGUUAGUGCCUACCGCAGAGGUCACAACACCAUGACUGUCAUGUUGGCAAUGCGAGAUGACAUUUAUCGAGCUAUGAAAAGAGGUGAAGUUACAAUAGCUGUUCUUGCCGACUUCUCCAAAGCAUUUGAUACUGUUUCAUAUUCAACCAUCUUGAGAAAACUUCACUGGCAAGGAUUCUCCAAAGAUUACCUCAAGUGGGUUACAAGCUACCUCACUGGACGACGCCAGUUUGUACAAAUCGAUGACGCAGUAUCAAGUACUACCGAUGUCUGUUUUGGAGUUCCACAAGGUUCCAUUCUUGGUCCUAUUCUGUUCAACCUCUAUGUGAAUGAUCAUUCCGACAAUCUUGACCCUACGUUAUCUUCUCACCAGUAUGCUGAUGACACUUCCCUCUAUUCCCAUUGCAAGCCAGCUGAUAUAAACUUGUGUGAAAAUAACAUUCAGUCUAACCUUGAUGAUCUCUCAAUCUGGUCUACUUCCAACAACCUUGUCCUUAACCCCAAGAAAACGAAAGUCAUGCUCUUUUCUACAACUCAGCUCUCUCGUGUUCAUCAUCUCGAAGAGCAUUCCAUCCAUCUUCAAGCCAAUGGUGUUGAACUUAAACAAACAAACAAUACGCUUCUUCUUGGCACUGUAAUGCAGCAGAAUUUGAAAUGGAACGAUGACGUAAAUAGGAAAAUUUCAGGGUGUUACGCCAUAUUAUCGGUUCUGAGAAAGCUGAAAUAUUUAGCACCAUAUAAUAUCAGGAAACAACUUGCAGAGAGUCUAGUUUUGUCAAAAUUAGAUUAUAACGAUGUUGUGUGUAAUCCAGUUCCUGAUUACUUACUAAAACGUUUACAACGAAUGCAGUAGGCUGUUGCAGGUUUUGUUUUGCGGAAAUAUGCCAGUAUGAGUGACAUCCUCUCUCUUGGUUGGCUUCCUGUUGUGGAGCGUAGGGACCAUCAUUUAGCCAAACUAGUCUUUAAAGCCAUUCAUUCCAGCGACUGGCCUUCGUACCUAAAACUUGACGAGUAUGAGCCUUCAAGACCUCUGCGUUCAUCGUCUUCCUGUCGCUUGGUCGUUCCACGUGUCUCUGGUACCUUUCAAGGCGAGGCUGCUUGGGUGUUCAACGAUCUUCCCGAAGACAUUCGGAACAGUAAUAACUUUAGAGAGUGUUGCCGAAAUUGUUUCGCUCAUUUCAGAGACUUAGCAAUGAACAAAAUUAGCAACAUUUAGUAUGAAACACAACAUGUUUAUAUUGUCAUGUAAUGUGUCCAUUGUUUCGUUUUUGUCGUUUGAUUAUCUCUUGUAAAGUAUAGGUCUCUAAUAUACUAUAAUGUAGUAAUUUAAUGUUGUCAUAAUGUAUGCAUGUAACCUUUUGUAGCAUAGAAUAGCCACAAUGUGGAAAUGCUAUUAAACCAUUAUUAUUAUUUAUUAUUAUUAUUAUUAUAUUGUAAAAACGUUAGAAAUAUUAUGUCUUAAACUUACUGAGGUGCAAGUUUUAUUAGCAUAGCAUGACCAGUUGCAAUGGCUAGCUUUGCCACUGCACCAGAUACAUUGCACCUUAACCGAUAAAGUUGCAAUGUGCCCAAAUGUGCCCUAUGCUAUUCUUUUACUUUGUCUAACAUCAGACAAUGUUACUCAAGGGGAGAGUCUUGCAACUUAAUGGUUAAUGGCCUAACAAACACAUUAAUUGUACUCUGUUCGUGUUUUCCCACUACAAACAAUUUUCAAUACCAGUAUGUUGCUCCUAACCUAUUAUCAUUCCACUCAAAUCAUCAACUGAAAGCGAUUUAACCUACAUAUUGAAAAUAUGUAGAAGUUUCAGAUACUAGUUUUUAGGUACUAGUAACAGUUUCUAGUCUCUAGAAAGAAAAGACAAUGCGAAUUGGGCAAAAUUGCAUGAUUUUGCCUCAGCACAUCGGGUUACAUGUUUCCUAAUUACUAAUCUGAGCAUGCUCAGUUCCACUACGAAUGUAUGUCCCACAUGAGGAGGAGACUGAAAAUGUUGUCUCAACAAUAAAGAUCACAAGUACUAGUUAGGGUUGGGCGAUAUUUCGAUAUUUUGAUAUAUUGCGAUAUUUUCAAUCAUGAUUAUCGUAUUGAAGGUAGAAACUUGAGCGAUGAUAUAUCGAAAUUAUAGUCAUGCUCUUCGACUAUCAUGAUAUUGCUUCGCAUGUGUAUAUAGCUUUUAUAAAAUCCUAAAAAAUUCCUUCAAUUCCUAGAAAAUAUAGUUUUUAAAAUAAUUAAAUACUAUUUCCUGAGUUAAAUACGAAUUUAAUACGAUACAAAAGCUAAUAUUUAUGUAUUAAUCUGCUGAACAAUGAAAUUGCAGGCUUUGCUUGCGCUGUGUGCCCACAGCAUUUGUGCCUGCGGAGACGCAGUAGACACUGCAUAGACAGUUCAGGUUUAUGUUGGAUAUUAAUUAAAAUUUAAAAAUGUGGUCAUUGUUUUAUUGUAUUUAUCGCGAUAUCGAAUAUCGUGAUAAUUUCCUCCACAAUAAUCGUGAGAUGAUUUUUUUAAUAUCACCCAACCCUAGUACAAGUACUGUAGAUGCAUAUAUAAAGUAUGUAUCAAGCGUAACAUGGAACUUUACACAUUUGCAAAAUUUCAGGAAAAUCUAAAGGUAUGGUUAACAAAUCUCAUUUUUGGUGAUGAGUUCAGCAGAGCUGGAAUGACCCAUUUACAGGUAUUAGUGGAAGCAUCUCACAAGUUAUCUAUACAUACUGAAAAUUAUUUGUAUGCUUUUGGACAUAGAUAAAGUUUGCAAAUUGUGACGCACACAAAGUUAA